AAAAUCGAAAUUUCAAAAAUUUAACAUAUGGACAAGCCAAAGAAAACAUGCUUUCAAGUCUAUAACACGGUAGGACAAAGAGUGACAAGACAAGGACACCAAGGGGAAAAGCUCUUCACACCAAAGCCACUACAGAACGACACAAUACAAUGAAUGAACUACAUUUGAAACCGAGGGAAAUAAAGCCUAAAAAGUCUACUGAGUUUGAUUAUGAUGAACUCAAUCGAAAACUUACAAGAAAAAGGGUUCUGGACCAAGUGGCCGACAUGAUAGAGUCUGAAACAUGUCCCACAGAGCGUGAUUCCACAUCUAAUUUGUAUCGUGUUCUUGUCAAAAAGUUAAAAGUCAAAAUAGCGGAACUGGAAGAAGACCCGAGAGUGUGUGAAAUCGCCGCCAAAAAAUUGGCAAGAUGGGUUGAAGGGAUGAUGAAAGAAGCCUACGGUGUUCAGAAGUUGAAAAAUCUGAGUUGGGCGACCAGAUCUGGAUUCAGCUCACAGCAGAGUGUCAGAAAAUCUGUUUCUGCCCAUAGCAUCAAAACACUAGAUGCAACGGGAGAGGGUCAUAAGCCGAAAGAAGUAGUGAUUGAGAAAGUGCCGAUAGACAGGCCUUUAUCGUUUGAAAGAACUGGGCAGAUUUACUCGGCUAAGCUUGGUGGAAGGAGAGUCUAUGUGGAAGAAGUCAAAGAUGGAAACAGACUGAAAGCCUUGGUGAGUAGAGAAAAACCAAAUAUUAAAAAUCCAAUGGUGAAAGAAUGGUCGACUUGGAUGGUUGACCUUGCUUCGAAGACCAAAGAUUGGGUGAAAAGGAUUGAAGAUUCAAAGAACGAUGAGGUAUCAAGCAUAGGCAGUGUUAGCGUUGCAGAAAACUGGAACUAUUUAAUGGAAGAUACAAAAACCGACUCGGUCGCCUGGAGGAAAAGAAAACUCAAUCCAACAAUAAGUGAUUCGUCAUCAUUAAAAUACUUGGGAGGGACAUCCACUGAAAGUAUUUGGAGUAGAAGAGACAAAAUGGAUUUAUCCACUGGGCACUCGAGAACCAGAUCUCCAGUCAUAUCCACUCAUUCGUCUAGCAACGUGCAAAGAAAUUCUACAGUUGUGUACUCAAAUUCUAGACCUCAAUCACCAAUGCUAAACCAACACACAAGACCUAAAUCACCCAUACUAUCCUCGCAUUCGAAGCCAAGGAUACCUAAUUUAUAUUCACACUCUAUACCAUUCUACAUGCAGGAACAGAUACAUUCACUUACAGAAUCAUCACACCAUGCACUACAAAUGUCUCGUACAAACCUUAACUACGACAUGCCUAGAUCACCACCAGAAACAUCACUUGAUAGAUAUAAGUCUACUACUAGGUAUUCAAGCGACAGGCAAAAGUCAUCUACUGAUGCGGCAUAUGAAAAAUCAAAGUCUCGUAGCAGUUUCAGGCUAAGGUCACCUACAGGGUCCAUACAUGAAAAAUCAAGAUCACACUCUAAGAUUGUGAAUGACAGACCUAGGUCACCUUCCUCAUACGAUACUGCACAUAGGAACAUAAUUUUCAACCUCCCUGCACCACCAAAAAUGGAUCAGGUCAGAAAACACUAUUAAAUAAACAACCCUCAACACAUAACUUACGCGCUUAAGAAGUCUUUUUCUUUUGGUUUGAUUAAAAGAUUAAACAUUGUCACUGUUAA